AGAAUGAGAUCCGUUGACGUCUACGCCCCGGGCUCAGCAGUAAUGGCGGCUGUAGCGGGGACACCCCUAGUGUCUGGAUGUGUUUUACGCGCGGUGCGCGGUGGCGCCUGGGAACCCGGAAGUGUUUGAUUAGUAACUGCUGAUCUGCUUCUUCUCGAGCUCACAGUCACAUAGAUCAUCAGAGACCGGAGUUCCCGGCAGCCGGCGACGACUCCUGCAUGGCCCCUAUGGCUUGUGCUCACCCUCCUGCAACUUUUGCUAGAUCCGCAGUAUCCAGCAUGUCCAGGGUUCCAGACUAAGCGCAUACAAGGCAUGGCUAACAUCCACGUUCAAAUCAAGGUGGACGAUGAGGCCCUCUGCAAAGAUCUGGUGGAUGAAUUCACAGCUCCCGGGGACCAGAGGAGCAUGCUGGAGCGGAGCCGUGCCCUGGUGCACACUCUGUUCCCGGUGCUGUUUACAGUGCUGGGGUCUUUGGAGAACAUCCCCUGCAAGGACGGAGAAGAGACAAAAAGCCCCGGCCGGAUCUGGCUGCAGCUUAAGGGCAAAAGAGAUGCGGUGCACAAAGCCAAGGAGUAUGUUAAAGGCCUCUGUGAACCGGAGAUGGAGGAAAAGGAACCUUACCCCAAAGAGAUGCAUUGCAUCUUUGCUGGCGCCAAGAAUUUAUUCCUCAACCGUCUCAUUACGGACACUAGCGCCAACAUCUCUGUAUUGGAAAUUGGGAUCCUUAGCAUUAAAGGAGGAACAGAACCAGUUGUCAUGGCUCAGAGUCGCAUACAGCAGUUUGUCCGGCUUUUCCGAAGCAAUGAAAGCCUACCCCAUUACAGGGAAUCGGAGGUAAAACGGAGGUUUAAACUUCUUGUUGAAGUCCACGCUGAUUAUUAUACGAUGGAUUUAUUGCUACUACCCAGUGCCCUAAAGGAGGAGUUGUUGAGCCUUGUGUCAAAUGACAAUAGUUUGUCGGCACAGGACGAUCUGGAUUGUGAGAUAAUUAUGGUAAAUUCCAGGACUAAAGACCAACCGCAAAGCGAACAGGACUCUGAGCAGACCAGAAAAAACAGAUGGACCCCUGUGACCGAGCUGACAGAUCAGUUGGAUACAGUGUUUUCUUGUGUUCCGGAAACGAAGCCGAGCUCCUCGUGUGUUUUGCAAUCCCAGCCGGAUAGAUCGUCUACAAAAAGAAGAAGCUCGGAGAAUGAGGACAGGUGUCCGAAGAAACAGUUCUCAAUGGAAUGUAUACAGAUAGAUGGUCCUGUCAUCAAAAGUGCUGACAGUUCGGAUGUCCCGAUUAUUGACUUACUGUCUGAGUCCAUCAGCACGGAGGAUUCAGUAAUACUUCUAGAUGAUACAGACACUGUGAGUGCCGAAACGGAGUACAAAAUUCUUGUGAAUUUUUUUAAGACUAUGGGAUAUUCCCAAGCUGUGGUGGAAAAGGUCAUUUGCGAACUGGGACAAUCUGAGGAACCUUUGAAGCUUCUUGAAGAAAUAGAAAAAGCAAACAAAAAGUUGUGUGCUACCCUGGUCCAACCAGAGGACCACAGCACCGGGGUUCAUCAAAUGACUAAAAACCCCUCCGUACCCAAAGUAGAGUCUCAGCCACAGCAGGAGGUUACCAUAGAACCAAAUGUCAGUGCUGGGUUGUCCAACGUUGGACCUCUUUCAAAGCCGCCUUCAAGGAUGACCAAUCACUUGGGUAGCGUAGGAUUGACGUCUCAAAGACUGGAGGCUGAAAGGGCUGCAGAAAAUUAUAUUAGUUUUAUACCGAGAGGUACAUCGAGUCCUGUGAAGUGCGACCGUGUGAUCCCAGAAAAGCCAGGACCUUCUUACCUCCCUCUGACGGUUAAUCAUACAAAGCAGGCGCCUGUCACAUCCAUCACCCCAAGUCAUAUAGUGAACCCCACAAUCCCCGCACUGUGUGUGAGGCCGGUAACUCACGGGCCACCUGUAACUGGAGUACAAAUAUUUCUUCAUGCCAUAAAAACGCCGUACCACCUAGAGCUGAAGAAUGAGCCAGGAAGAGGAAAUCUGAAGCAUAUAAUUAUCGAUGGAAGCAAUGUUGCUAUGAGCCAUGGUUUGCAAAGGUUCUUCUCCUGUCGAGGGAUUGCAAUAGCCGUGGACUAUUUUUGGAAGAAAGGCCACAGAAAAAUUACAGUCUUUGUUCCACAGUGGCGGACCAGACGCGAUCCCAACAUCACAGAACAGUUCUUUCUACAGCAGCUUGAAGAGCUUGGCCUCUUGUCUUUUACCCCCGCCAGGACCAUACUGGGAUCCCGAAUUGCAUCGCACGAUGACAGAUUCCUCUUGCACUUGGCAGAGAAGACGGGAGGAAUAAUCGUCACGAAUGACAAUCUGCGGGAGUUUGUCGUUGAAUCACCAGUGUGGCUGCUAAUCAUUAAGGAAAGGCUAUUACAGUUCACUUUUGCUGGUGACAUUUUCAUGAUCCCAGAUGACCCAUUGGGAAGACACGGCCCAAAGCUGGACGAUUUCCUCUGCCAGCAACCCAUGAACAGAACUGCUCCCCUCACCCCCAAACCAGCAGACAGCGGAGUGUUUUUCCCAAGCCAUGAUGCCUCUCUUCCAAAGAUGGUGGCGGCCAACGUCAAUCACCUUCCCCCUAGAGUUUUCCCACCCAAAGAGACAAAACCCAGCUUCAGUUUGGCUGUGCAGAACAUGGUCCACCCCCAGGUCAUUACGACGCCGCCGCAAAGGAGCUACCAUGAGACACUAUCGCUCAAAGACUCCUUAUUGAAGAUUUUCCCUGAACAAAGGGAGAAGAUCAACCAGAUCUUGUCCGCACAUCCCUAUAUGAGGGACCUCAAUGCGUUGUCUGCAAUGGUCCUUGACUGACAGCGGUUACUGCCCUGUGAUCUUAUUUCAUAUCCUGGAUCUUUGAACAGUUCUGAUCUGACACCAGCGCUACACUACUGUUUUAUUAAAAUUUUAUUUUUCUUGUGUGUCCUUCCUGUCGCCGGUCUAAAGUGGAUCUGUCACUUCACACAGUGGAGGUGGCCAUAUUGGAUACUGAACCAGUAUUCGGUGGCUUAUUCCUGUGAUGUCACUGGCUCCUUGUGGAUUGAUUGGCUGCAUUCUGAAGAAGAUUGGUUCUGCCACCACACGAAGGCUGCCUACACUGUGUGGCAAGGGUGGGUCCAUUUUGAGUGCAAAUGUUUGUGCAUAAAUGUGGUCUGGGAGGGGAACCCUUUUGCUUAUAAGCAGCCAGUGCUAAAUCCAUGUCUCGUGAUGUAAGAAGUCCCCUUUAUCCUGGGCUAAUUUGACUUUACCUUGAAUGGUUUGUUUUUUUGUUCUAAAAUUGGCGAAAUAAUUUUUUAUUUUAUUUUUGUUUUAGCUCAGGGCUGGCCAAACCGGUCCUCGAGAUCUACCAACAGUACAUGUUUUACAGGCCUCCUGGAGACCUGUAGAACAGUCCGUUAGGAAUGAAUGCAGCACAUCUUAAUUGGUAAUGACUACACCUGUGCACUAGCCAGGUGGUCUGGAAAAUGUGAACUGUUGGUAGAUCUCGAGGACCGGUUUGGCCAGCUCUGUUUUAGCUGUUUCUGGGGGAUUUUUUAGGCAUUGUGCACAGGUGUUUUUGAGUCAUGAUUUUGUGAAAAAGAAACAAGUGUUGGUGGACACCAUCACAUCUAUAAUUUAGAUAUAAAAAAAAAAAAAAUACAAAUUAACAAUCCAAAGUAGUCCCAUCAAAAUGCGACUCAAGGGAUUUGCUAUAUAAAGCUAAAUAUAUCCUAUGGAUUAUCUUUUAUUUAAGAAAAAAAAAAAAUCAUUUAUUUUUUUACAGUUUCUGUUUAUUCCCCUACAAAUACACUGAAGUGUGCCUGAAAUUAAGGUUCAUGUUGGGGGACCGUAUUAUCAGAACCUCUAAAAAGGAACCUUAAUGUUGUUACCCGUACCAACCAAUCAGGUUCUUGCUGUCAUUUCUGUAGUAAAGUGUAGGAAAUGAUAAAGGUUACCUGAUUGGCUGCUACAGGCCACAGCUCUUCUUUUCCUUUUUAUAAGUUAUAGCAAAUGUAACUUCAGCCCAGACCAUUAUUAACGCUUCAUCAAUAUACAUUUUACGUAAUAAAAGUACUUUUCUCACAAGUGCAGAAUAAAUUGAGGAAAAUAAUGUUGAAGUUUAGAACAUAUGAGGCUCAUUAUUUAUUCAACAGUCAAAGCGUUUCGUUGCUCCAUCCUGAGAGUUCCGUAACGCCAGCGCUUGAGGAUCUUGUUUACAUAUAGGUCAAUAUGAGACCUUCUACACUACUAGUUUAUUACUGACCUUCCCACAACCUGGCUGUGCGAGGGGUAAUGUGGUGCCAAUAGUGUUCAUCAGUACAUGUCUGUACUGUGCUGUUUUCAUAUAUUUUACUGGGCUGAAGAUUUAGAACAUUGUUCAGUUUUAAGUUAUGUAAUGUUAUGAGCGGGUAAAUAAGAAAAGGUAUUUUCAAUAAACCGUGUGUGUUAGAAAAA